AAUUGAAUGCUCACAAUAUCGACCUCGAACAUCUGCAUGGAGACUGGAGUGUCCGCGACGUCGGGCUAUGGUGAUUGUUAUUAACUCAAAUAACUGUCUAUAUUACACGAAAGAAUGUCAGGUCAAAGCUAUGUAAAAGAAUAAACACUAUAUUCGACGCUGAUAACAGAAAGUGAUCAUGGGUAUGACAAAAAAGGUGACAAUAAGAUGUCUGGGAAUGUGCAUUGCGGCCAUCGCACUUGUUGUGGUUACUCGGCAAUUAUAUGACAAACCCUUUGCAGCCAGCAGCGGCAACAUACAGCAAAUACUGAGAAUACAAAGUAGAACACAGAGCGAUGGCGGAUUCUUAAGUAACUUAUUUAAUCCACUGAGAGUAGACUUCACCGGGGAGCGACAUUUCCAGAAUUUGAACAGCGUCAAUACGGUAUGCAAAUUUAAACUUUCAGCCAACGCCUCAGUCCUGGAUAAGUCUACACGGCCUUAUCAAGAUCUUGGACUGUCAAAGUACUUUCCCAAGAAAAAUAUAUUCAAUGCACACGAAAAAAGGUACAACACUUGUGCAAUUGUAUCAAGUUCGAGUUUCAUGACAGAUUCAGGACUUGGGGAAGAAAUCGAUUCCCAUGAGGCCGUAAUGAGGUUUAAUAACGCUCCAACCGUGGGAUUUGAGCGCGACGUGGGAAACAAGACUACGAUGAGAGUGAUUAAUCUCGAUAUUAUGUUGCUUCCAGAUUUUUAUUCCAACUAUAUUUUCAAUAAUGUCAGCUUAGUCGCAUGGUACCAAGCUCCAUAUACAUUUACUCCAGACAAGUGGUACGAACAUAACGGUGCGGCAUUCUAUGAAAAAUAUAUCGAAAGACGUAUAUCAAGACCAGAGGAAAAAAUGUACGUAAUCAACCCAGCUUGGCAUUGGAAUAUCUGGGAUAUACUCCAGGAAUAUUCUGAAGAGAACAUUAAUAAACACGUCCCAUCAUCCGGUUUCACAGGUAUUAUACUGAUGCAGCAAAUAUGCGACCAAGUGAAUGUGUAUGGUUUUGUUACUCCAAAAACACGUCUUCUUCAUUACUAUUCCAAUGUAUUAAUCAAUGCACCAACGGGCUAUCUGUGGCAUCCCAUGGUUCAAGAGAAGAGGAUUGCUAAAAUAAUGAAUAGAGGUCCCGAAGAAGAGAUAACAAACCAUGGUAAAAUAACCCUGCCUGGCUUUAACCAAAUGCACUGUCUUUAAAUUAAUCAUAGUCUGUUCCUUGAAUUUACCCGUCUGUCAGUUAUCAGAUUUAUGAAAAAACGUAGAAUACAUUUUUAAAUUGAAGUUAUAAUCGCAUAAUGUUAAUUAGAAAAUGCCGGGGUUCUUGUAUCGAUCAAGAGAGACUGACCUAAUCGUCACGUGACCUAUGCAAAUUAUUUGAGAAUAUAAAUUUCACUUGAAUGCACAGUCAAGAAAAUAUUUGUUGAAAUUGUCAUUGGUGCUUUCAUUAAUCCACACCGCCAGAACUUCAUGUGAUAAAAUCAAUAUCUCAUGACCAUUUUACCUCGACAUAGGAUUCACGGACACCCAGAUGUAAUUUUUAUGUAAUUUAGAGCAAAUUGUCUGUGAUAUAGAAAAUGUUCUUGUGUGAUUUAGAGAAACCCCACUGAGCGUAUAUAGUAAGUAUGGCUGUUCUUAAAGCUAGUAGAAAGCUGAGGACUUUUACUCGCUUUAUAUGUUGAUGCACAGCUUGUAUAAGCACAAUUUGUAUACGCCUGGAAAAUACUGAAUGUUAAACAAUAUGAAAACAUUAUCAUCACGUGUUGGAUAAGUUUAAUUGAUGUUCAGUACGUUUCUCUGCUCUUAUUUUAAUUGUUGUGUUUGACACAAUUUUUGUUAUACGGUUUUCGUACGUAUUUUGUAAAAAAAUAAUAAUUCAGUGCUGAUUUUUGUUAACAAUAGGGUCUAUGUUUUAACGCAACUUUAGUGGAAAAAAUGGUGUAGCGCUUUGAUGUGAUGGUAAACAGUUAACAAUUAAAUAAAAAUGAUAUAUGGCCUUGAAUAAUAAACAGAAGGUUGAAUUAUAUGAUGACGUAAUUAAGUGUUGGAUACGUUCAACCAACUGUUUUAAUUAGGAAUUAAUUUAGUUUGAAUUCUGUCAGUACUUUAAUUGGUUCUCAAUGUAGUUGCAAAACAAUGCUUUUUAAACAGUUUUGUACGUUUUUGUAAUAAAAUUAUUUAAAAUAUUGCA